AUGUGGAAUACUCAGGCUUUCCUAAUUUUAUCACCCUUUUUAUGCCUUACCCCGGUCCUCUCCUCUUCAGCUCAGAUACCAAUAAUAACAUCUAAUAAACUAAACGAAGCAUGGCAGUAUCAUGGCUGCUACGUCGAUGACGGACAGACAGUCAAUGGAGCCACAACGACGUCCAACUCUAUGACCAUUGAGAAAUGCGUCGAAUUCUGUAGUGAUAAGAGAUUCCGUUAUGCUGGAACCGAAAACCACAAUGAAUGCUAUUGUGGAAAUGAGCUGCCUAUUGAUGUUGAAGAAGAUGUGGACUUAACAAAAUGCGGAGGUGCAAACAGGUUGACGUUAUUCUUCAAAUCACACAUCAUAUCACCCCAGCCAAAUACUGGUAUUGCGAAUUGGACGCAUAUUGGCUGUUACUCUCAAGAUGCUGUCGGAUCCGGCUUGAUAUCCAGAGCGCCUGUUCCCGAGUCACAGGUAGAUGGGGCUAGUUGCACAGGCGUUUGCCAUGAAGCUGGCUACACUAUAGCCGGCACCAAGGACGGUGGCGAAUGCUACUGCGGCAACUCUUUUGAAGAUAGCGCCGUAACGGCCGAUGGCGGGUGCAAUAUUGCCUGUAAUGGUAAUAAAUCCGAAGUAUGUGGAGGGUCAAGCCAGUUAAACGUAUAUCGAAACGAUAUGAAAUAUCCAGCUUUCAUUAAGAGUCCCAGUGCCACCAUUGCCAAAAGAGCAGCCACUGAUACGAGUAGCGCCUCCGUUGCCACACCUACUUCACCCAUACAGCCUUCAACCAUAAGUAAUUAUAAUUGGUACGGCUGCCAAACUGAAGCGAGUAACAUCCGAGCGCUAAGUUUAUACACAUACGCCGAUGAUGGGAUGACAUUGGAAACUUGCCAAGUUUUUUGUGAUGCUAAAGGUACGACAUACUUCGGCGUCGAAUAUGCCAGGGAAUGCUAUUGCGGUAAUAAAUUCGAAACGGGAUCCGCCGAAGCCCCUGAGAGUGAUUGCAGCAUGCUCUGUGGCGGAGACCAGUUAGAAUAUUGCGGUGGUAGCAAUCGACUAUCUGUCUACGUCAAAAACGGAACCUCGACUCCAACAAGCUCCUCUAGCGCACCUGGCGGUCCGAGUGCUACUAGCAGCGACCCAGGAACGCCGAUAGCAACUGGAUUUCCCGACGGUUGGACUGACCAGGGCUGCUGGCAAGAUGGACCAAAUGGUCGUAUCAUGCCAACUUUCCAAGCCCCAGACGAUCCCGAGUUAACGCCACAGAAAUGCGCACAGCUCUGUUCUGGUGAUGGCUACACUGUCUCAGGAACGGAGUAUUAUACACAGUGUUUCUGUAGCAAUGCCAUCUACAACGGCGGUGUCGCAGAUAACGACACGACAAAAUGCUCAACCCCCUGCGGAGGUGACAGUAACUCUAUGUGUGGCGGCUCUGGAUACUUGAGUAUCUAUUCAAAAGGCACACCCCAGGUAUACAAAGACCCAACACCUAGCAGUGAUAUUGCGAAUUGGACGUAUCAGGGCUGCUAUGAGGACAAUGUCAACAACAAACGAACCCUUUUCUGGGCACUUACUUUUGCCAACACUAUGACCCCUGAUCAAUGCUUAAGCAAGUGUGCUUCCUUCGGCUAUGCCGCUGCGGGUCUAGAGUAUGGUGAUGAGUGUUACUGUGGUGACCCAAUAGACGUUGAUACCUCAGGCGCCACAAAGAGGCCGGAGAGUGAAUGCAAUGUCGUCUGCGCCGGAGACGCGUCUUCCAUAUGUGGUGGUGGCGCUCGGCUUUCGAUGUACUAUUGGAAUGACUCGACACCUCUAUAUGUAUUUCAUUACCCUGAAGGAAAUAACGCCGGAACAUACUCAAACUUAGUCGGCGGUGUCGUCACCCCUCUGAUGACCAUGCAGUCGAUCACCGGCAAGGUCACGUUCUUAGAGAAAUGGGGAACCGGCCUCGCGAACAGCACUGGCGCAUACGAGCUCGACCUUACGCAACUCGGCGACUUCGAUGCCGCCUGGAGAACCAUGCAUGUCAAGACGGACAUUUUCUGCUCCGCUGGUCUUAUUCUUCCAGACAAAGCUGCAAGACAGCUCACUGUCGGUGGUUGGUCCCUCGACUCCACGUACGGUAUCCGCCUGUAUAUACCAGAUGGAUCGGAUGGCGUCAAAGGAACUAAUGACUGGCAAGAAAAUGUCAACGAACUCAAACUUCAAAAAGGGCGAUGGUAUCCUAGUGCUAUGGUUAUGGCCAACGGAUCCAUUCUAGUUGUAGGUGGUGAGAUUGGUUCAAAUGAUAAACCUGAGCCCUCGCUUGAGCUUCUACCCCAAGUCGGACCGGCACUUUACAUGGACUGGCUUGAACGUACGGACCCGAACAACUUGUAUCCGUUCCUUUCAGUCCUGCCUGGCGGCGGCAUCUUCGUCGCAUACUGGAACGAGGCUAGGAUUUUGGAUGAGGUCACCUUUGACACUACAAAGACCUUACCUAAUAUGCCUGGUGCUGUCAACGAUGAUCUUGGCGGCCGUACUUAUCCUCUCGAGGGAGCGUCCGUACUCCUACCCCAGUUUGCGCCUUACACUGACCCUCUAGGUGUGCUCAUGUGUGGUGGUUCCACCACUGGCGGCUCUGCUCUGGACAACUGCGUCUCCAUAUAUCCCGAAGCCGCCGAACCCACCUGGACACUCGAGCGAAUGCCCUCCAAGCGAGUUCUCAGUUGCAUGGCUCCGCUACCAGAUGGCACUUACCUUAUCGCCAACGGCGCCCACCAAGGCGUCGCCGGAUUCGGUCUCGCCGAUGAUCCUAACUACAACGCUCUACUAUAUGAUCCCUUCCAACCUAUCGGUUCCCGCAUCUCCGUCAUGGCCAACACGACUGUCGCGCGUUUGUACCAUAGCGAAGCCAUCACAUUGCUCGACGGCCGCGUACUGAUCACCGGUUCCGACCCGCAGGACGGGAAACACCCACAGGAGAUCCGCGUUGAAGUGUUCACCCCGCCAUAUCUAUACAGCGACAAGCCGCGCCCAUCUUUUACUAUUACUAAUAAAGAUUGGGAUUACGGCGACAAAGUCACAUUCGAAUUAGGCGCAGCACCGACUGGAAAGAUACAAGUCUCCCUGCUCGGCGCCGUAUCAAGUACACAUGGAAAUUCAAUGGGCGCGAGGACCCUAUUCCCAGAUGUAGCGUGUGACGGCACGACGUGUACAGUUACGGCACCGCCGAGGGUAUAUAUAGCGCCUGCUGGUUGGUAUCAGAUGUAUGUCUUGCAGGAUAGCAUUCCAGCCGUGGGCACGUAUGUCAGGAUUGGAGGGGACCCCGGGCAAUUAGGGAAUUGGCCGCCAGGUGAUGACUUCACGAGGCCGGGGAUGUGA